CGUCGCGAGACGUGACUCAUACAAUGGCAAAAACGUUAGAGCUUUGAGUAUAUAGCUAGCAGACGACUUGAAACAAGAAAUUAGUCCUACAAAAGACCAAUAUAAAUAUCUUUAGACAGCAUUUUUCAACAAAGAAUAACACUCAGUUGUAAGCCUCAGCGAUAAGUUGACUGAGCACCAGAAGGUGAAAUCCGACAAUGGCAGUAAAUCUAACAGCAUAUCCUCAUUUGUUAGGAUCACCAACCAACACCCAAGUGGUUAAAACAGGCCUGGACAAUGAUGACCUAGUCAGUUGGAAUGGAGUGUCCAGACUUAUUCUUUUUUCGGCUAUUGCAACUGGGGGCAGCAUGGGGGGUAUUUUUGUCAUCAGCGCAGUAACCGUAAUAGAGCCGUUACAAGUGCGAGGAAACAUUUACUUGGUUAAUUUGGCUCUUGCUAACUUAUUGGUUACUGCCCUUGUGAUGCCAGCUUCAUGUGUCGCCAUCUUAGCGUCCAUUCCAAAUGAUCCUGGGAUCUGUAAUUUCCAGUGGCAGACUACAGUCCUCUGUUUUCUUGUAACCAUUCAUUCUUUUAUGUUUAUGGCUGUGGAGAGUUUUCUUGGACUGGGAAAUACAGUAAACUAUGAGCUCUGUUGUACAAAAAACAGAAUUGUUUUUGUUUUGACCCUCAUUUGGACGACAUCCAUUGGUUUCGUGGUGGCUCAAGAGAUCACAGGCUUUGGACCAUCUUUUUGUGACCCCUCUGCACCAGUAUGGAUGCCUUACCAUGCUAUUACUGGAUCUCUCCUUGUCGUCUUACCUGUUCUGAUCGCUGUUUGGUAUUUCACUAGAUCCAUCUUUAAGCUAAAGAACUUCAAGCUUCAAGUAGAGAUUCUGGAAGAUCCAACAGCCUAUGUUCUAACGGAUGAGUACCUGUUGAAAAGCAACAUCGUGGUCUUCACCUUGAUGCUGGUGAUGUGGAUGCCAUGUGUAAUAGUGGCAACAAUCAGCACCGUUCGUCCUGUAGCCCAGCACCUGUUGGACAGCUCAUGGUGGGCAGCCCUCAGCAAUUCUUGUAUCUACAGCUAUCUUUACGCAGCUACCAACCGAGACUUCCGGGAAGCCUUCAACAAACUCUUCUAUUACUGCUGUUGCAAGAGUCACGUGAGCUUUUCUCGAAGACAGCGGCCUGAUUCUAGACGUGUUGAGGGUGACAGUAUAGGCCUUCGGGUGCACAUCAUUCCUGGUCUGAACAUCUACGCGCAGAGGAAAGAGACGUCAAAGGACAACAGUCGGAAUUACCAGUCUAAAUGUGGAAAAGGUAUUAGUGAUUUGUGAAAGUUCUUUUACUUUUCAGCUAUACUUUUCUCUAGCCAUGAUUUCAGGAAGCUGUUGUUUGUCGUUUUCUUGCAUGUCGUAAACUGCACCAUCAGACAUUUGUGGACCAAUCCUGAAUGAGACCUGGAAGUGACCUUGUUGUAGCUGCUUGCGUAAAAGUAUUGAUAUUUUGAUUGACACAGAAAUCUCUCUAUCUAUAAUAUAUAUAUCUAUAUACGAACAUAUAUACAUAUAUAUUUAUACUGAACCUAGUUACAAACGACAGUAGUGUAUUUGUGGGUGCAAAAUGAUAUCAAAGACCAUCUUGUGGUUCAUUGUUUUUCAUAGUUUAGCAAUGGAAAAAAUUGUAACCACAGCCAAGUAUAAUUUAUUUGUUCAAUUCACCUACAGAAACCUAUUUCAGUUUUGCUAGAUGGCACGUUUUGAACCCUUUUUCUUUCGAUGGAGCCAAAUAUGGAUGACCUUGUUGUUAGUUAAGUGUAAAUCAUUUUGGUAUAAAGUAUGGGCGAGGAAGGCUGUUUGAUGUUUUGGUCGCAAUACCUAAUUACUUCAAGAGAGAGACUCGCCAGUUAACGACAUGUUGAAAUGAUGGUAUCAUACAUUAGCAUGGCAGCAUUUCAAAGUUCAAUUAUCGAUCUUUACAUUCGGUAGGAUCUCUUGGCUAGGGCGCUCGUUAUAAUGUGACGGUCGAUCCCACUAUUCGUUUGGUAAAUAGUAACCUAAAAAGUGGCGGUGGGUGCUACCAGUCAGUCACUUUCCUGCUGGUAAACGGCUCAAACUUGGGACGGCAGAUUUACGUAAACGAACAAAUCUUUACAAUCGCUCUAGGUAUGGCUCACUGUAGAACAGCUGUGAGUUUACGAUGGUAAAAGCUGGGGCUCGGAUGCCCGCGGUGGACACAGCAGAUAGCCCAAUGUGGCUUUGCUCAAAAACAAACAAACGCUAUAAGUAUAAUUGUAUACAAGUUUAUUUUUCUCAAUAACGGCUGAGCAUAGGUCAAAUAAAUGCGAACUACUUCAAGAAAAUAACAUCAAAUAACAUAAGUUCAGAGAUUUGAUAUAUGAAUAAAUGACAUUUUCUCCACCCCCUUUUCAAUUAUUUCCAAAAAUAACAGCAUCGUAGUUGCGUUGAAUUGGAAGAAACUGCUAAUCAACCAAGUUCAUAUGAAUCCUUUUUAAGUGUUUUUUCUUUCUUUUUUUUUAUAAAUCCUAGUUUGAUUAUGCAUAGUUACAAAUAACAAAUUCAAAUUGGAACUGGAAUUAUUCUAAAUGGCCAGGUCAGCCAGAUACCCUUAGAAUUUAGGUAUAGCCGUCUCCUAGUUUUGAACUAUUGACUAGAGGGGAAGGCAGCCGGCUAGCAACACCCACCAAAACACGGGUUUUAUAUGGUAAUUUGAACCAAAUAACGGGAUUAUUUGCCCACAACUUAUAGUGCGGGGUAUGUUUACUGGCAUCACGUUUUGAAUCCUCGAUCUACAUCCCGACGCGCUAACACGCUCGGCCAAAUAACAAAUGAGAAUUACUAGAUUAUCUGAGCAUUUCAAAUUGAUAACUAAAACACAAAUGAAACCAACGUUUCAAACAAAAAAAAAUCAGGCGACAGGAAUCACUUCCACCUUCGCCCACAGUGGCUCAGCGGCAAGUCUGCAGGCUUACAACGCUAAAAUUUGAGUUUCGAUACCCCUGGUGGGCAUAGUACAGAUAGCCCAUUCUGUUGCUUUGCGCUUAAUAACUAACACUUCCGCCUUAGUAAAAUAAUAUACUGUUGACCUUUUCAGUUUCGUUGUUAAGGUUUACCGACCUUCAUUAUGCAUUGCUAUUGUUACUCUAUUUUUCUAUCAUACUUACCCUUACACUUAUUAUUUAAAUCCAUAGUCGUUAGGUUUUAACACGACCAUUCUCUAUAAUCAUCCAAAUAUCCGUCCUGAGUAAAAACAUUUAAAAUAACUAUUGUUAAUGCCAUCUAUUACUAGUUUUCUGAACUAUUACACCAACUUGAACAAUAUAUAUAUGUAUAUUUUUUUUUAACCGUUUGAUGUCACUACUAAUUGCCAUUUUAUUAUAAUAUUUAAAUAGUUUUCUUUUAACUAACUGAACUUACUCGACUAAAGUGGUAUAAUAUCUGUGUAGGAAUCUGGAUAAAAACAUAAAUAUUAGGGUUGAAUUUCUGUUACAAAUAAUCACCGUUCCCUCAUAGCAUUGCUUGAGCUUUGUACUGAUGUUGUUAUGACAACCGUGAAAAGAUGUUUUGCUGACGAGAUAGCCUGUUAUUUCUAAUACGUUGCUCUGCCCAUUUUCUCGGCUAAAUUCGUCAUGACAGCUUUCAUCCUCUGAAUGCAUUCUUUUUAACUGUUACAGUCACGUUUUUGUAGAUUGUGUGUUGUAUUUUCGAACGAGGUGUUAUCUAUUGUCAAUCGUUUAUAUAUAAUCUUACCUGUCCAGCGUUAAAAGACGUCAGCUUUGUCUUUACACUUACGAUCAGAAGGAAAUGCAUUUUUGUAAAUGCGUUAGGCAACUUUUCUCAACACUUUAACACGUUAUUUCAAUCGUCCAACUGAGACCGUUAAGCCCGAUGAUGGCACAAUCAUUACUUUUUAGCAAAGACUUUUCGAAAAUCAUUGGAAUGAGUUGUCUUACUUAUUUAAAGCCGUCACCUACCGCUAUUCGACACUUGCUACUUGCCCGAGGGGAAUGGCGAGUGUGUGUUGUUAGUAAAGUACUGAACCACUACUCGUUUCAUUAGAUAAAUAAAUGGGUUAUGAGAAAGAAUAUCUUUUAGUACGAUAUCGUUUACAUCAGUUAUCAAUAAAGUGUUAUGAAUGUUUACAUCAGUUAUCAAUAAAGUGUUAUGAAUGUUUACGUCGGUUAUCAAUAAAGUGUUAUGAAUGUUUACGUCGGUUAUCAACAAAGUGCUAUGAAUGUUUACGUCGGUUAUCAAUAAAGUGUUAUGAAUGUUUACAUCAGUUAUCAACAAAGUGUUAUGAAUGUUUACGUCGGUUAUCAAUAAAGUGUUAUGAAUGUUAAAGUCUUUUUUGUAAAGUUUCACUCUGCUUGGAACUUGCUUA